UCUCCAAAUACAUAUCCACAGAUUGCAUCAUUGCUGCACAAUAUGCCUCUCCAGACAGCUCCCUAUCCUCACGUAUUCAAUGCCCUCAACGGGCCGACCGCUCCGGCCGUAUCAUAUAUUGUCUUUUACUCGAACAUCGUCGACGGUCAGAUGUGGUGCCCUGACUGUAGAGCAGUAGAGAAUGUCGUGAAAGAAACCUUUGACGCUCCCGACAAACCUAAUGCUGCCAUCUUCUGGGUUGGAAACAGACAAGAGUGGCGAACCCCAAACAACCAAGCUAGGACGGAAUGGAAUGUAAACAGCAUUCCUACGAUUUUACGCCUUGAAAACGGCAAAGAAACCGGUCGUUUGGUAGAAGAUGAAAUCCUCGACAAAGCCCGUCUUCAAGCUUUCCUCAAGUAAAUUUAGGUUAAGUAGCGCAUCUGUAUCUGCUGCUGCCGACGGUCAAAGAAAGCAGUGCGAUGGUUAUCUUUAUGCAGCAAGAAGAAUACAUAUGUAGUAGUCGUGGACGAUUUCCGCGAAAUCUUGGAUGGGAGAAAUGCAAUGCAAUAAAGGAAUGUGAGAACUAGGGUUUUUGACCCAAACAGUUGCUUGUUUGGUGCAUGAAAUCGAUGGUCCUGUAUUUAACAGCCCAUCUUUGACUCAUCAAGCAGUCAAAAUUGAGCCAAGUAAAGCGAAAUUCGUAUGAUUGAUUAGAAACUGCCCAAGUAAUCUGGACGAUUUGAUG